AUGAAGUUGGAUGAAUCUGUCACAAAUUUCUUUGGAAGAACGAUGAUUAUUGCCAACAAAAUGAGAAUUCAUAGAGACAGGAUGGAGGGUGUGACCAUUGUUGAGAAGAUCCUUAGAUCAAUGACAGCAAAGUACAAUUUUGUUGUUUGCUCCAUUGAAGAAUCCAAAGAUAUUGAUUCACUCACGAUUGAUGAAUUACAAAGUUCCUUAGGAGGCCGAGGCAGGCGCAGAGAAAGAGGUCGGGGUGGUUACGGUAGAGGCGAUAAUGGUCGUAGCAGCAACCAUAACAACAAUCCUGCCAACUACCAAAAUUUAGACAACUCAGAAAGAGGAAAAGGUCGAGGUGGCUAUCGUGGAGGUAAUCAUUCAAACAAUGGAGGUAAUAACUCAAACAAUAAUCAUCCAAAAUCUAAUGUUGAGUGCUAUCGCUGUCAUAAAGAUGGUCAUUAUUAA